CUUAAGUGAGCCACCACCAAGCCACCUCUCCCCUCCGUUGGAUGAAACAUGGGCCUACGUGGCCCAAAAUCCUGCUCUGUUACUAUCUGCUAACACUUUGAGCAGUUAGCAGAUUAACUUCUGCGGCUCGAACCAGCGCGACUAGCCGCCUUUCCUCUUGGGUCUCUCGCUCGAAUCGUUACGCGCCUUAAAAUUCCCAAUCCCGCAGCUUCUCUUCUCCAAUCGGUCAAUCAAUCAAUCUCUUUCGAUCUCAUUCGAGAUUCGCCAUCUUCAAUUUCCUCAUCUGUUCCCGCUGGCCUUUAUCCCCACUCCGCCCGCGGUCUCGAUUCAAUCCCCCUAGGGUUUUUGCUUUCCAAUUCAUGUCCUCGAUUCGUCGAUGGAAGCUUCCGGCUCUCUGCUAGGUUGAAAGAGUUGAAUUCGAUUCUUUGUUCCCGCUUUUAUUCUUCGUUACCAUUGGAUCCCGAAGUUGCUUUUCGCCCUAGGGUUUCGAGAUUUCUGCUCGUCGUACGUAUUUGCGUCGGAGUAGACCGGAAUCCGGCGGGCGUAGGGUUUCGUUACCGGGAUUGGGGAGUUUCUCGGUGGUGGUAGUGGGAUUCGAUUGGAUUGUUGCUUAAUAUAUCCAUGGCGGGAAGGAGACAUGGAGGCUAUUGCGAUAAUGAGUUCCGGGAGCGGGAAUCAGAAUUUGAGUUGUCGAGGAAGGAAUCUGAGUAUUCUAAGGAGAGGUAUGAUAGGUUAGGGAAUGGUACGCAAGAGUAUGAUCGUGACCGCAUUCGAGUUCGUGACUUGAGGGAUAGGGUUAGUGGAGGUAGAAUGGGGCAGAGGGAGGCCAUGAAUGGAGGUAAUAGGUGCUCCUCUAGUAGGAGCAAUUCAGGUAGUAGUAGUGGUGGUGGUGGCAGUGGCGGUGCGGCCGGCCCGAGACGUUGUGGUUCUGUGGGUGUGGUUGUGGAUAAAGAGCCUGGUGAGUUGUCUAGUGAUAGUGGGUCUGAUGGUGCAAUUGAGUCGGAAUCACUGGUCAGUAAAGAAGGUGAUAACUUGUCGAAGGGGGGAGAGAAUGGCAGGAUAAAGGCUCCUGUUGAGAAGAAGCGGAAGUUCUCUCCGAUUGUGUGGGACAGAGAUGAAAAGGCCGUGAGUAAUCCAUUGCAAAUUGGAGGUCGUAAUCAGGUGUUAGCCUCUCUUCCUCCACCCCCUAUGCCUAAGCUGCAAAACGAGUUACCUGAUGUUACUGAAGAGGUAACUGUUGAAACAUCUCCCGUUAGAGGUGCUGACAAUCCGAAGUCAACAUCUUCAUCUCCCAUCAAGGAUCCAAUUUCUAAAUUUUCAGGCGAGUCAGAGUCGCAUGUGGAACUGCUACCUCCAAUGUCAGAUGAACGUCAAUGGGAAAAAGGUCUUCAAUCAGAUGCAUUAGAAGAUGAAGAUUAUGUGCCAACUCGCCAUAUAUCUUCCUCAAGAUGGGCAGCUGCUAACAGUUCUCCUGUUGACGAAGGUGAAAUUGUUGAAGAUGACACUAUGAUUAAAAGGAGGAAGAAGCUGCAUCCUUUAGACUCAUCUGAUUCUAGAUUGCAAAGUAAGUCUGUGUCCCCCGAGCCUGGAAGCGUCAAGAGAGAAGGGUCUGAAGGAGGCAAGGGCAGGUUGUCUGCUUCUGAAGACCCGGGAUCUCAUCUGAGGUCGUCGAGUGGAGAUGAAUAUCCCAACAAUGAUUCUGAGAGGGAUGAAGAGAUGGAGGUUGAUGGAGAUAGUUAUUACAAGGAUAGGAACAUGGGUCACUCAGAUACUGAUUCUGAAGAUGAAGAUGGUUCUCAGGGAGCACUAGAACCAGCUGGUCCGCCUCAGAGAUGUGUUAACAUGCUCAGGGGUUGUAGGAGUGUUGAUGAUUUCGAGAGACUUAAUAGGAUAGAUGAAGGUACAUAUGGCGUUGUAUUUAGAGCCAAGGACAGUAAGUCUGGAGAAAUUGUAGCUUUGAAAAAAGUAAAAAUGGAGAGAGAACGAGAAGGUUUUCCUCUUACUGCGUUGAGGGAAAUAAACAUCCUCCUUUCAUUGCAUCAUCCUUCUAUUGUUGACGUCAAAGAGGUGGUUGUAGGUAGUAAUCUUGAUAGCAUUUAUAUGGUUAUGGAGUACAUGGAGCAUGAUUUGAAAGGUCUUAUGGAGUCGAUGAAACAGCCAUUUAGUCAGAGUGAAGUUAAAUGCUUAAUGUUGCAGCUGUUGGAGGGUACAAAGUAUUUGCAUGACAACUGGGUCCUUCAUCGCGAUUUAAAGACAUCAAACCUGCUACUAAAUAAUCGGGGUGAGCUGAAGAUAUGUGAUUUUGGUUUGGCUCGUCAAUAUGGGAGCCCACUAAAGCCAUAUACUCAGAUGGUGGUUACUCUUUGGUACAGGGCGCCUGAGCUUCUUCUGGGAGCACAACAGUAUUCAACAGCAAUUGACAUGUGGUCAUUGGGCUGUAUAAUGGCUGAAAUGCUAUCUAAACAACCUUUGUUUAAUGGCACGAAAGAGUAUGAUCAACUGGACAAGAUUUUCAGAACCCUUGGUACACCGAACGAAACUAUCUGGCCUGGAUUUUCCAAGUUAUCCAAAGCUAGGGUCAACUUUGUUAAGCAUCCGUAUAACCUGCUACGUAAAAAAUUCCCUGCAACAUCUUUCACUGGAUCACCUGUGCUCUCUGAUGCUGGGUUUGAUUUGUUGAACAAACUGCUUACCUAUGACCCCGAGAAGCGGAUAAGUGCUGAAGCGGCUCUUAACCAUGAGUGGUUUCGUGAAGUACCACUUCCUAAGUCGAAAGAUUUCAUGCCAACAUUCCCUGCUCAACAUGCACAGGACAGACGUCUGCGAAGAACGGUGAAGAGCCCAGAUCCUUUGGAGGAGCAACGUAGGAAAGAGUUGUUGCAGGCAGAUUUAGGGACUGGUGGAUUAUUUGGCUAAAGGAUAUUAUUUUCCAUCCUGGCCUUUUGUCUCCAUGAUUAUCUUCCAGAUUGUUGACACAUUACGAGGUUGAGGUGAGGGAUAACUACUGAAGGAAAGUUGCAAAACAUUGAUUAUCAGAAGAUCGUUGACCCUGUUUUGCUCUGGUGUUUUGAUUGGGGAAGUUAUUUGCCUACUGCCACCAAGUAGUUGUGUUGCAGGUUGCCUUCUUCACCCAGGUGUCAUUCAUUCAGCCUAUAGAUUUUCAUCUGUGACACUGCUUGCUUCGCAAGGUGUGGCAUAAUGGGUUUUCUUCUUUCAAAAAUCAGUUUCAGCUGAAACAAGUGUAUGUAACAUAUUUUUUCUCUGGUACAUUGUAAACAGUUCUAUCCAAUAUGGUUUCGAAGAUUUAGAGAUUAUGGUUAUUGCCGAAUUGCCUGGUAUCUCUCUUUUUUUAAUAUUCACAUUGUGUUUGCAAGAGACUAUUGAUUUGAAGUGGAGGAGAGAAGUUCUUAGCGUUUCAUUGCCGAAGAAAUAUACAAAAAACUUGAUUUAGCAAAGGUAAAUAUGGCAUCCGCGUCCCUUUCUAGCCAUGAUGUUAAUGUCUUGUGUGUUGAAUGGGUUGCUUUAUCUUGCUGAUGUUGUCUGUAUUUAUGCAGUCUGUGCCGUGUGUCCCUUUGUUGCUAGGAACUUAAGAUAUUUUAUACCUGGCCGAAGUGUUAAGUUCCUUAAAUGUUAUUAUCAGGUCUGUUAGUCCCAUCUGUGUCUGAAUAUUGUUGAACAAUACUACAAUAAAUGGAGUUCCAAGCGAUUAGAACUGUUUAGUUUGGUUGGGUUGUUGGCAAUGGAGUGAGGUUCCGGAUGUGCCUCGUUGUGCUUCCUUUUCACAUGGCCUGUGCACUCAUGUCUUAUUGUAACAAUGUACUAAUUGAUUUGAGAGAAACAGAAGUUUAGAUAAAAUUAUGUGCCACGAGUUGUAUUUGGGUUCCUGAAAUAGUGGGCUUCAGUUUUGUGGCAGGGCCACUGGCUUCAUUCGAAUACUACAUGCUGGGUUUUGCUGACUGAUUGUGAUAAGAUUGUCUUUUAUUAUCACUGUACAUGCCUAUGAAAAAUUAUAGAACCUACAACAGUUGAGAGCUGUUCAAUGACUUACUCUGCUGAUCUAACUGCAGUACCAAAGCAAGCAGGUCCUGGAAGUUACCUGCACACUGCGGAUUUUCUUGAACUUUCAAUUAAUUGUCAACAAGGAUCAUAAAAGGUACCUGCACUGUCAGAAUCUUGUGGUUAUCUGAUUAAAUCCUACUGCCUAUGUAGGCUAGUUCCAUAUGGUUACCAGAUGCAUCGAGUUUAGCGAGGGUCUUUUGUUGGUCAUAUAGAACUAGCAACACGCAGAGAAGCUGGAGAAUCCAAUGAGUUGCUUGAUUAUGUUGGCCUCAGUGGCGUUUUAUUGUUGGACUAGCUGAGGUCUUCUUGCAUGCAUUUCUCCCUUAUACUUAGUUUACCGUCUUUUGCCUGUGUUUUACCCUACUUAGAAGAAUUAUGCCAAGUGUCCCCCCUACACCUCACGCUUCGUAAGCAGUGACCCAAAAUGAUGUUGCUUUGACGAGUAAUAUGGUUAAGUGUUGCCAUCAGGUUUCAGCUCAAUCCCAUAAGAAGUAGAAUGAUUUGUGCAGUAACUUGUGUUUUGGUAGUGUUGGAAAGGCAAAGAAUUAUAGGCAUUUACUGGAUGAUGGGACCUCCAAGUUGGGAUCUGCCAGUGCUCUUGAAGAAGAGUUCAUUUAUACGGUCUUAUAUCACAAUAACAAAACCCUGCUGUCUCUGUAGUUCAAUAGUCCCAUACACGGAACAAGAGCGAUUUGUGAUGGAGUCUUGUGUUGAUCAUAUAGGAAAUUCACUUUCAUAUAGAGAAUUGGUUGGAGAUACUCGUUGGGUUUGCCAAAUAUUGGCCAAGCUUGCAACUUUUCAAUGGUUCUUUUUAUCUUGUAUCCGUGUUUCAAUCAUACCUACUAGUAUCUUAAGAAUGGGUGUGAUAUCGUUCAGAUUUAAUGCCGUAUUGUUAACUCUAAGCUGUAGCAUACCCUUCAAAUUAGGGCUUUGAUUUUCGAUCCGUCUUGCUUCUCCUGUUGUUUACCUUUACACAGUGAUCAUGUUUCUCGUCCCUGUGUGUUGCGCUUCCUGUUUCUCUGUGCCGUCUCCCAGUUCCCGGUUACUUAGUGUGGCCUGGUGCUGUGGUGGUAAAGUUGGGGUGUGCAUCGAAGUGGCUUAAUUCUUCAACAAUUGAUUUGAAGGUUUUCUCUACUGUGGCUCCAGGUUUUGCAUUGAUUGGAAAUGCAGAAUGUAGACAGGAAUCUGUGGCUGCUAGCGAUUGGGGCCUUGUUUUCCGGUUGUAGCUCGGGUGGCGCUGCUGGUUGAUCUUUGUAAAUUAGUCUUUUGAUAAUCAAAAUCCUGGUUUUCUGCAGUGGGUGAAUUUAGUGUCGUCAAGGUCGCGAGGCUUAAACAGGUCUAGCUGCCAGAACCACUGCUAGUGGGGAGCAAUAAUAUACGUACUCAGAGCAACGUAUAGAAGCCAUUACUGGAAAAUACGAGACUUGACACCAGAGACUGUCAUUUUUGUUAGCCAUGUUAGCAUACAACUGACAGAAUUAACGGAGAUUAAUGAA